GCAGAGGAAGACCGGCACGCUUCAGCCAAUGAGGGCACGGUCUGUGGCCGGGCCGAGGGCCUGGGCUUCUCUCGAGCGAACCUCCGCGGCCGGCGCCGACGGCCGGGUGGAGCAGUGCGCCCCCAGCUGAGAUUCCAUGGGUGGGGCUCAGGGAGCACAGCGGUAGGAGUCUGUCGUCAGGUGGGGCGAGAGCUGGCGGGAGCGCCCGGCCUGGCGGCGCGCCCUUGUUGGCUGCGCUGGAGCCUCGGUGCGCAUGCGCCCUGCACGGCCCUGCGGGAGGAGCAACCGUCCUUACUCCUGGCGUCUGGUGGGAGGUGGAACAGGUCAAAGAGCGGCGCGCGGACCCUUGCAGGAAUCAAUUGAUGGGUGCCCGGGAGUUGAUCUGCAUAUGUACUCAGAAAUGUUUUGCCACCUGAGACCUGUGAGGAGGUUAUGUCUGGGGAAGAUAUUUCCAUACUGGUUUCUGUACUCGAGAGCCUUGUCGGGAGCUGAAGCAGUCAACGCCUUAAGGCCUUUCUAUUUUGCUGUGCAUCCAGAUUUCUUUGGACAGCACCCCCGGGAAAGGGAAGUCAAUGAAAAUUCUCUUAAGAGAUUAAGUGCCUACUUAGAAAACCUCCAGAAGCCAGGCUUCAAGUCUUUGAAACCAACUCAGCUCAUGUUUUAUGUAAGAGAAAGAGACCAGAAUUCCUCCGAUGGCCAGGAGCACUUUAGCACUUCCGGGUUUCGAGCAGUCAGAUUUACUUUGCACACCAGAGAUCUGCUAAGCACAGUAUUGUAUAUUCUCAACUCCUGCAGUUUAUCUACUGAACAUGUCCAAAGCUUGAAUAAUAAUGUGCAUUCCCAGCCUCUCAAAGAGGCCAAAGGGAUGUCUGACAGGCCCAUCAAAUGGGACAAGUCUUACUACUCCUUCACUGGAUUCAAGGACCCAGACGAAGACCUCGAGCAAGUCUGGAGAACGGAAACAACCCUAACGUCCUGGUUAGAUAACAACGGGGAAAGUGCUGUUAAAAAGCUGAAGAACAGUUUGCCGCUUAGAAAAGAACUAGAUCGUUUAAAAGAUGAACUGUCCCAUCAGCUGCAGCUCUCAGACAUCAGGUGGCAGAGGAGCUGGGGCAUCGCGCAUCGCUGUAGCCAGCUGCACAGUCUAGGCCGCCUAGCCCAGCAGAACUUGGAAACACUGAAAAAUGCAAAAGGAUGUACAGUAAUAUUCACAGACCGGUCCGGGGUGAGUGCAGUGGGCCACGUGAUGCUAGGAACCAUGGAUGUCCAUCAUCACUGGACAAAGCUUUUUGAAAGAUUACCAAGUUACUUUGACCUGCAGAGGAGGCUGAUGCUUUUGGAAGACCAAAUAAGCUAUCUUCUAGGUGGUAUCCAAGUUGUUUAUAUUGAAGAAUUACAGCCAGUGUUGACACUUGAAGAGUAUUACUCCCUCCUGGACGUGUUCUAUAACAGACUGCUGAAAAGCAGAGUUCCUUUCCACCCCCGAAGUCUGCACGGUUUACAGAUGAUCCUUAACAGUGACAGAUACGCCCCAAGCCUGCACGAGCUUGGGCAUUUUAACAUCCCGAUCCUUUGCGAUCCAGCAAACCUGCAGUGGUUUAUUCUCACCAAAGCCCAGCAGGCCAGAGAGAAGAUGAAAAGGAAAGAAGAGUUGAAGGUCAUUGAAAACGAACUGAUGCAGGCUUCAACGAAGAAAUUUUCUCUGGAGAAGUUUUACAAGGAGCCCAGCGUUUCCAGUAUACAAAUGGUGGACUGCUGUAAGAGGCUUCUGGAACAGUCCCUGCCUUACCUGCAAGGGAUGCACCUCUGUGUCUCCCACUUUUACUCCGUUAUGCAGGACGGAGACCUCUGUAUUCCUUGGAACUGGAAGAAUGGAGAAACCAUUAAGUAACACAGAAAUCUGUAUUAUUUUUUAAAGAAAUAAGAAACUCUUCAACUUAUUUAAAUCCACAAUUUGAUAUAACAGUAUUACAUGUUAUAAGAACAAAGUUUCUAACUGCUGCUUUAAAAGUAGACAUUUUCUUAAAAAAUAAAUUCUGCUAGGAAACUUGUUUUAGAAAGGUGGUAUCUCCCAGUCUUCUGGUGGUUCUUAUCUGAUUGGCAGGACUGAGUGAAAAGAUGUUAGAAUGAAAGAGCACGUGCAGUGGUUCUAUGAAAUGGGGGAUUCUACUGAGUAAAAGAGAUUUUAUUUGUAUGAAUGUUGGUAUCACCAGGUCUCGUUCAGCAGAGCUCUGAAGUCAGGGAACUUAUGCCCACAUGUAACACAAUUCAGCGUGGACUCUACAGUCACAUCACAUGUGUUGAUACACACGUGUACUUUGCAGCCAGUAGUGGACAGUCUGAUGUCCAAAAUACAUGAUUGAUGGGUAGCAGAAAUUCAUUAACCAAAUUUUGCCUAAGGAGUAGACAGGAAAAAGCAAUUGAAUGGGUAUAUGAUAUUGACACUGUCACAAGCCGUCUAAGAAAGUCUAAGUAUCCUCAGUGACAGUGAACUUGAAGUUUUCCUAUCCAUUAAGAUACUGUAACUGUUGGUAGCCUGAAACCAACAAAUAGUGCAUUUUUUUUUGAGUCACUGAAUAAGGUGAUUCAUUCAUUUUCAUCAAUAAACACUAUUCAGGAAAAUCUUUGUUUCCCAAAGAGUUCCAGCAAGUAGGGUCAAGUUGCAAUGAUUCAGACCACUCAGGAUCUCUGUCACCUCUCUCAGCCCCUGGCUUCCUGUUCCUGCCAGUGAUGUGAACACUGGGUGUAGCCCCUCCAAGUCACCCCUUGCCCUAAAACCGCGCCCAGCCCAGCCCCAAGCUCUGUAAACACAGGGCUUCUCUCUCUACAGGUGUUUCUUUUACCAGAUCCAAAACUGCUUCAGCAUGUUCAAGAGGACAAGGUGACACCAUUUUUGAGGCUCUUCCUCCUGAAGAAAUAAGAAUUUUCCACAGUGCAUUACAAAAGAAAGGUGUUAAAAACCAUUCUUGAAGCCUGUUUUAAUUUUAUCUGAAACACUGAUUAAACGGUUUAAAUUCAGAGUUUCGAGUAAGUAUUGAUUUGUAAUUAUAGUUUGUGCCUAUCAUCCCUUUUAACCUGUGCUUAACAACUGUACUUAAUUUUUUCCCCUAAUGUAAAAAUGUUAUUACUACAAAGAUUUUCCAGAGCCAGAUGAUGAGUGUGAGAAGUUUUUUUAAGGUUACAUAAGAAAACUUACUGAAACAUAGGUUUGGAUUAUGCCAUUUCUAAAAUCAACUAAUAUAGAAUCCUCCGUAACUUUUUGGACUUUGUCUCAGAAUUUAUUGUUGCAUAAUAUGUUAACCAGGUCAUUGUCCUCUCUUGUUACUCAUUAAUCGUUUACAACUAGUGCAACAUAAAGGAAUUUAUGAAAGAA